AUGGAAAAUCUUCUCCCAUCUGGGAUGCACAUCAUCCCCCCUGAUCUUCUAGAUCUACGUCCGGACGCCAGCAUCGACUUUGAUCUACUUCAUCCCCAGCCAGUUAAUGGAGUCAAAAACAUAUGGUUUUUCUGGCAUUCAGGAUACGCAAACAUGCACCCGUACACGCAGCGCACAGUGCGCGCAUGGUACCGCCGAUUCACAAAACAAGGAUGGACGGUACGGGUGAUAGAUCGGCAACCGCAGUCAAAAAGCAAUAUCGCCGAGUUCUUGGAUGUGGCCGACCCGGCCAUUUUCCCACGCGCUUUCACAGAGGAGACCAUCGCUGGCCCUUACGCGCUGCAGCAUACUUCAGAUCUUGUUCGCUGGCCCCUGCUCCUGCGGUAUGGAGGCGUCUACGCGGAUGUGGGUAUGAUGCAAUUUGGUGAUCUGGAUACACUGUGGAAUGAAACAAUCGCAAAUCCUGACUCCCCUUACGAGGUUCUAUCUUAUACCCCUAGUGAUCAGAACCAUUACAGCCUUUGUAAUUAUUUCCUCGCUGCAUUGCCAAACAAUGCACUCUUCCACCGCUGUCAUCGUCUGCUUCUUGCUCUUUGGGGCACAGAUGGCGGUAAGACAAGCACAGACGGGAUGUACGCAAGCCCGUUGCUUCAAGGUGUUCCUCUGAUGGGUGGGGAGUUUACUAUCACCGAAAAUGAUGGAAGUUUCAUUGGCCCCGUCGAGACCAGUCGCCUGUUGACCGACUAUAUUAUUCAAGGUCAGGUGGCCACCGCAGUGAUGGGACUGGUCGACACCGAAGAGGGCUGGGAUGGUCCAGCCUAUUGUGUAGCCCAUUUCUAUGCAAUCGAUUUCAUGGAAGGGUCACAGCUGAUCAACGAAUUGACUGCCUGGAACGGGCAGGAGGCAUUCGAUUUGUUGUCUCUCAACAUGCCGCUGGAGGGGGAAACCGAAUCAGACAAGCAAAAACAGGCUCGUGAGAUCGUCGAGGCAUGUUUGUCUCGCAGCUUUGGAUUCAAACUUGCCCAUGGCUUCAUUCUGCGUGUCAACAAGGUUACUCUCGGCUCGCUGUGGCGGGACAAUCUAGGGUCCGAUAUCAAAUCUGGCACGUAUGCGGCUUGGCUUCGACAUGGGGCUGCCUACUGGAAUCAAAACAGCGUUCCCAGCCGGGUGGCGCUUCCUUUGAUUCGUCCUACCAAGGUUGGGAGGCUACUUGCACCACUAAACUAA